AUGUUCCAUGGAUUGCCAAGUGAAGACCCCAUUGACCACCUUGAUGAGUUUGAUAGGCUUUGUGAUUUGACAAAGAUCAAUGGUGUCUCUGAAGAUGCCAUCAAGCUGAGACUCUUUCCUAUGUCUCUAGCUGACAAAGCUCACCAAUGGGAGAAGAGCUUGCCCCAUGGCACAAUCACCACUUGGGAUGAAUGCAAGAAGGCCUUUCUUGCUAAGUUUUUCUCCACCGGUCGCACAGCCAAGCUUAGAGGAGAGAUAUCCAGCUUCAUCCAGCGAAACAAUGAGACAUUCGCAGAGGCUUGGGAGAGGUUCAAAGGCUACACAAGUCAGUGCCCACACCAUGGAUUCAACAAUGAAUCACUACUCUCCACUCUUUAUAGAGGAUGCUUGCCUAGGUAUAGGGAGAUGCUAGACACAGCUAGCAAUGGGAACUUCCUCAACCAGGAUGUAGAUGAUGGCUGGCAACUUGUGGAGAACAUAGCUAACUCAAAUGGAAGCUAUGGAGAAGAGUAUGAUCGCACCAACCGGAGCUCGACCCACCACUCGAUCGAGUCAGACGAAAAGUUGAGAAAAGAUGUUAAGGCAUUGAAUGAGAAGUUGGAUAAGCUGAUCCUAGCUCAGUCCACAAUGAAGAAAGUCAACUUUGUGUCUGCUGAGGAGAUGGAACCAGUCCAAGAAGGGGAGGAUACACAAUUUGCUGAGGUGUGCUACAUGAGCAAUGGGCAAGGAGGUUACAACAAAGGAUACUAUAAUUACAAGUCCAACCCUGCCAUGUCAUACCGCAACACUGAUGUUGCUAACCCUCAGGACCAAGUCUAUCCUCAACAACAAGCAGCUCGAUCGAGUCAAGGCCACAACAUGGGCUUCCCCCACCAACCGCCCCAGCCUGCACCUUCACAAGAGAAUGAGCUCAAGGCAAUGCUAAAGCAACUACUUCAAGGGCAAGCUGAUGGGGUAGUGGACACAAGCAAGAAGCUAGCUGAAAUAAACUCUAAGAUCGAGAACCUCAACACAAGGGUUUACUCUCUGGAGAAUCAUGCUUCUUCUGUUGCUGCUGCUACAAAGCAAGGACAACUACCUGGUAAAGCUAUUCAGAACCCCAAGGAACAGUGCAAGGUCAUCUUCACUCAAGAAGGACUUGUUGAAGAAGAGGAUCAAGAAAGGGUCAUUGAAGAUUUUUGUUUACUGCUGAAUGAUGAAGAGAUUGUUGCUGCUGAGGCUCCUGGAGUCCAGAUUGAUCAACCAGAAGUGCAUGCACCUACUGUGGCCAUUCACACUUCACCAGUUGAGCUCGCACGACAAGCUCGAUCGGCAGCUCGAUCGAGUCCAACUCUAGCUCGAUCGAGUCCGACCUCUUCUGUCCGACAGCCUGUUUUGCUUGAUCCUUACAACCGGUUGCCGCUUCCUCGUCUCGCCUACUUAGUCAAGGUCACAAGGAAGUGA